AUGCGACGCACGUCGGUGUCGCUGCCGACGAAGCACAUUGCCUACGAUCCUCACGAGAAACCUGACCGAUACGACAGAAACCGGGGCGAGAGCCUAAUCAUGAAGAUGCAAUCUGCUUGGGUAUCGCAGUCCCAGCGGGCGCGCUACAUCAAGACCGGCGCCAUCAUUUUUACAGUGUUUUUGAUCUUUUACUUUUUCUCUCCGUCAGGGGUGGAUAUCUACAAUGGACAUGCCGGAUCGCCAUCUCAAGGCCAAACACCAUCCGACUCUUCCUAUGGCACCGACAAAUGCACCAAGUCCUUCUCCAAGGACAAGCCCAUCGUGCAGUACGUCUCCAUGAUCGACGCUGGCAGCACUGGCUCGCGCAUUCACGUCUACAAGUUCAACAACUGCGGCGCCACCCCCGAACUUGAGGGCGAAGUCCUCUUCAAGAUGACCGAGAAGAUCGAGGGCAAGAGCAGCGGGCUGGGCGCGUAUAAGGACGACCCUGAGGCUGCCGCCGGGAGUCUGGAGCCUCUCCUCGACGCAGCCCUCAAAGUCAUUCCGGACAAGCUGAAGGGUUGCAGCCCGAUCGCUGUGAAGGCGACUGCCGGCUUGCGGGUGAUCGGCACUGAAAAGAGCACAAAGAUUUUGGAGGCCGUCAGGCACCGUCUGGAGACCAAGUAUCCCUUCCCCGUGGUCUCCCAGCAGGAGGGCGGCGUGUCCAUGAUGGACGGCGCCGACGAAGGUGUUUAUGCCUGGGUCACGGUGAACUAUCUCCUAGGCAAGAUUGGCGGUCCCGACCGCAGCGAGACAGCUGCCGUGUUCGACCUCGGCGGCGGUUCCACUCAGAUCGUCUUCCAGCCGACCUUCGAGGGUCUCAGCUCCGGCGGCAUGCCCGAGAAGCUGGCCGAGGGGGACCACAAGUACGAUCUCAACUUCGGCGGGCAAAAGUUCAGUCUGUACCAGCACUCUCACUUGGGAUACGGCCUGAUGGCGGCGCGCGAGGCCAUCCACCUCACGCUCGUCGAUGACCUCCACGAGCAGAACAAGGACGAUGCCGCCUGGACCAAGAACGCCGUCGUCAACCCCUGCCUUUCGGUCGGAACGUCCAAGAACGUCACCGUCAAGCUCGGCGACAAGCACCCGCUCGGCACAACCGUCGAUUUGACCAUGACGGCGCCGUCUACCGCGGGGGCGAGCCAGUGCCGCAGCCUGGCGGAGCGCAUCCUCAAGAAGGACGCCGAGUGCAAGCUGGCGCCGUGCUCCUUUAACGGCGUGCACCAGCCGUCCAUCGCCAAGACCUUUGCGCACGAGGACAUCUUCUUUCUCUCCUACUUCUACGACCGCACCCAGCCGCUCGGCAUGCCCGAGUCCUUCACCUUGCGCGAGCUGGCCGACCUCACUAGGAGCGUGUGCGGCGGCGAGGAGGCCUGGGACGUCUUCGCCAGCGUGCCGGGCGCCGUCGACGAGCUGCGCGGCCGCCCCGAGCACUGCCUCGACCUCAACUUUAUGCUGGCCCUGUCCCAUACCGGCUACGAGAUGCCGCUGGACCGGGAGGUGCGCAUUGCUAAGAAGAUUAAGGAUAAGGAGCUGGGAUGGUGUUUGGGCGCCAGCUUGCCGCUGCUUUCAAAGGGAUCGGGAUGGGAGUGCAGAAUUACCGAGACACAUUAG